GGGAGGAGCGCGCCGGCGCAGAAGGGUUUUGUGUCGGCGGCAGCCGGUCGCGCGCCUCCCCUUUAAGGCGGCGACACGUGUGCGCGGCGGCGGCGGAGCCCCGGAUGCGCGGCGCCAUGCCGCUGGUGGAGCGGCUGCGGGAGGCGCUGAAGGCCGGGCGCCGCGAGCCCGCCGAGGACGGGGAGCUGGGCCGGCUGCUGGCCGCCUCGGCCAGGAAGGUGCUGCUGCAGCGCAUCGAGUUCGCGCCGGCCACCAGGAGCCUCGGCGGCCGCCCCGAGCUGCUGCGCGACAAGUACGUGCUGCUGAACGGCGCCGGGCGCCCCGAGGAGCGGCCCCCCGGCAGGCAGGGCGGCGCGGGGGACGGCGUGCCGGCGCCGCAGAAGGUGCUGUUCCCCGGCGAGCGGCUCUCGGUGAAGUGGGAGCGGGUGCAGCGCGUCGGCGCCGGGCUCCACAACCUGGGCAACACCUGCUUCCUCAACGCCACGCUGCAGUGCCUCACCUACACGCCGCCGCUCGCCAACUACCUGCUCUCCCGGGAGCACGGCCGCGCCUGUCACCAAGGAGGCUUUUGCAUGAUGUGCGUUAUGCAGAAUCACAUGAUCCAGGCUUUUGCCAACAGCGGCAAUGCGAUCAAGCCCGUGUCCUUCAUCCGAGACCUCAAGAAGAUUGCCCGACACUUCCGCUUUGGCAGCCAGGAGGACGCGCACGAGUUCCUGCGCUACACCAUUGACGCCAUGCAGAAGGCCUGCCUGAAUGGCUGCACCAAGUUGGAUCGCCAGACCCAGGCAACGACUCUGGUUCACCAGAUCUUUGGUGGCUACCUGCGGUCCCGAGUGAAAUGUUCGGUGUGCAAGAGUGUCUCGGACACCUAUGACCCUUACCUGGACGUGGCGCUGGAGAUCAGGCAAGCCGCGAACAUAGUGCGAGCGCUGGAGCUGUUCGUGAAGUCGGAUGUGCUGAGCGGGGAGAACGCCUACAUGUGUGCCAAAUGCAAGAAGAAGGUGCCAGCUAGCAAACGCUUCACCAUUCACCGGGCCUCCAACGUCCUCACGCUCUCGCUGAAGCGCUUCGCCAACUUCAGUGGAGGCAAGAUCACAAAGGACGUGGGGUACCCGGAGUUCCUGAACAUCCGUCCUUAUAUGUCCCAGAAUAACGGGGACCCUGUCAUGUACGGGCUCUAUGCGGUGCUGGUGCACUCGGGCUACAGCUGCCACGCGGGACACUACUACUGCUACGUGAAGGCCAGUAACGGGCAGUGGUAUCAAAUGAACGAUUCCCUGGUCCAUUCCAGCAACAUCAAAGUGGUCCUCAACCAGCAGGCCUACGUGCUGUUCUACUUGAGGAUCCCCAGCGCCAGGAAGAGCUCUGAAGGGCCCAUUGCCAAAGCUGCCUCCAGCCUGCCUGGCCGUGCUGGUGUCUCUGAUCACAGCAAGAAAACUGUGACCAAUGGGCCCACGACUUCGCCACUGAUGGGUCGGCGACCAGACACGCCGCAAGGGAAGAAGCUGCAGGGGCCGGAGGAGAUAGGAGUCCCCGUGGCCCGGAGCGCGUUCGGGACUGCGCCGAAGCUGCAGAAUGGAACCGCUCAGCCAAAGCUGCCCGCUGGGUCCCCUUCACCCAAGCUGGCCACCAAAUCCAUUCACACAGCGGCAGCGCUUCCAGAUGACGUAGCCCGGAAGCCCAAGAAGCCGCUCUCCUCCCCUCAGCAGCCUCUUCCGCCCAGAGCAGUUCAGGGCUUCUGUGAUGCCAACAGUGCAAGCGGGGCCAAAGCUGAGCUCCCCCGGCAGCGCUCCUGGGAGGGCAAGGAGCUGCCCACCUCACCCCGGCUGCUGCAACGGCCCGCGCCCAGCCAGGAGCCCCGGGGCGGAGGGGGGAGCGCCGAGACCCCGGAGAGGGUCUCCUGCAGCAGCAGCUCUGCUAGCCCAGCGCACGGCAGAGCGGGAGAGCCGGCCAAAGCGUCUCAGAAGGCCAAGAACGGAGCCAGCGGCCUCUGCAUCUCUCAGGAAACGGACUAUGGCGCAGACCUCCCUGCUGACCACGACACCAGUCCGGCUGGCCCUGAAGACUCCAAGCUGGCAAAGUCGAAAUCUUCCUUAUUGAGCAACCCAGCUUUGGAACUGAGCAGCACCAUGUCACCGCCACCGGCCAAGAAACCGGCACUGUCUGCCAAAAAGGGCAGCACCCCGCGGAAGGCGAGCGGAAGUGACCGCCGCGCACAACCUCACCCACAAUCUGCCGACCACACCUACCCCACGACCACCACCCACCCCGACUCCACCUCUCCCUGGCCUUUCGGCAAGCCCAGGCUGCCCUCAUCUGCUCUCAAACCGCCAAAUCCCGAAAAGCCUGCCUUCAGCUUCAUCCUCGACUCAGCCCCUCGGCUCCCAGCCACCCCCCUGACCAACGGCUCCACUCCCUGCUCUUCGCACCACCUUUCUCCCUACAGCCGGGAGAAGGGGCCCGGCCAGGUCAUCCCUGGUUCCUCCAAAAAGAAGCAGCGAAAGCAACAUCGUGAAGCCGAGGGUAGCCCACGUGCUCUGGCUGUGAAUGGCAAGGAUGAACUCUCCAGCCCCCCAAGGAAGAGGAAGCAUCUGGCUCAGGAGGGCUCGGUGUCCCCUGCAGGGAAGGGGACAGCAGUCAAAGCUCCCAGCGGUGGCAGGGAGGGGCUGGGCAGUCAGGAUCCGGAGAGCAGGCCCAAGCAGCAAGCACUGGACCCCAGCCGUUUCCCCAGCACGGAGCCCAUCUCCCCCCUCAAGAAGAGAAAGAAAAAGAGGAGAGCACAGGAGACAGAAGAGCGCAGCUUUGGGGUGCUGCCCUCGGGCAGCUUCAGGAGAGCUGAAACGGAGCCCUGGAGGGCAAAGCAGCAGCCGAGCUCGGACACCGGGGCCGGAGAGAGCGAGCACCGGAAGCGCAAGCGGAGGGAAAGCCUCAGCAGCCCAGCUGCGGAGCAGCCCGCUGCGAACGGCUCCCAUGCCGGAGACGGCGCUCCAGUGGCAACGUGUGGCUGGGACAGCCAGGCCAAAGACGGGUACAAGCACUGCUCGACUGCCCUGAGCCCAGAGCCCGGACACGGGAGCCAGGAAGAGUCCAACGUGGUGGAGGAACUGCUCAGGAACUCCUUGGACAAGGCUUACGGAAAACAAGUUUUGACCUGGGACGGUGAGAUCUCGGCUGUCAGCCAGGACGCUGUUCGGGACGCAACUUGGGCCCGCAAUGAGACGGUCAUUGAUGAAUGGGACGAGGAGUUUGACAGGGGAAGGGUGAAAAAGUGUAAAAAGCUGAAGCGGGAGCGGAGGAGACAUUUCAACACUUUCCAGCAGCUGCAGAGCAAGCGCAGCUUCUGGUCUGUGACGCAUCCUGCCAAGGUGGCCAGUCUGAGCUACCGGCUCUGAGGGGGAAAGGGCUGCAUCCUGCGGUCAGCAGCGAGUGGAGCAGUCCUGGGUCGAGGACCAUGCGAGGAGCGGUGUUCCUUGGAGCGGUGUUCCUUGGAGCCAUAUACUGUGCCAGGCCUGA